CCGCGUCAGACCUGCGGGACGGUGCGGGGCUGGGCGCUGCGUGUUCGGCUGGUUCGGCCCGGGGACGUCGGUGCUUCUCGGGGCCCUCACCGCCCUCAUCAUGGAGUUUUUACUGGGGAAUCCGUUCAGCACGCCGGUGGGGCAGCGGAUCGAGGCUGCAACCAGUUCCAGCCUGCCGUCAGAAGACUGGACGCUCAACAUGGAGAUCUGCGACAUGAUCAACAGCUCAGAGGAAGGACCGAAAGAUGCCAUCAGAGCCAUAAGGAAAAGGAUUGUGGGAAACAAGAACUUCAAGGAGGUUAUGCUGGCGCUCACUGUCCUGGAGACGUGUGUGAAGAACUGCGGCUACAGGUUUCACAUCCUGGUGACGACACGGGAUUUUGUAGAGGGUGUCCUGGUGCGGGCAAUCAUCCCGAGAAACAACCCUCCGUUAAUCCUGCAUGACAGAGUGCUCAGCAUCAUACAGGCGUGGGCUGAUGCAUUCCGCAGCUCGCCCGACCUGACGGGCGUGGUGUCCGUGUACGAGGACCUGCGAAGGAAAGGACUUGAGUUCCCCAUGACAGAGCUGGACGGUUACUCCCCUGUCCAACCCCAAAAAAAGACCGUGCCUGGGAACGGGCCUGCUGUCACCUCUCUGCCCGCCGCGCUGCUCUCUUCCAAACCUCCGCUCAUCCCUCCGCAGACCUCUGAGCUCAAACUGGCCCUCGAGGGGAACAAUGCCUUCACUCCCAGCCAGAUAAAAAAGCUGAAGGCGGAGCUGGGAGUGGUGCGGAGCAACCUGACUAUGAUGUCAGACAUGAUGAGUCAGCUGGAUCCUGUCACGGUGAAACAAGCAGACAUGGAGCUGCUGGAGCAGUUAUACACAGUAUGUAAGGAUAUGCAAGACAGGAUAGUGAAGAUCGUCCCCAGACUCAGCGAGGAGAAGCUGAUUGAAGAGUUGCUGGCAGCUAACGAUGAGAUGAACACCGCUUUCACUCGCUACCACAGGUUUGAGCGACGAAUACCAAACGGUCAGAGCACAGCAGAGAAGAGUCACACAUACGUCAACCUAACAGACCUCAAUCUGACACCUGAGUCCGUCACCAACGACAGCGCGCACAGCCUGUCAAAAUCUGCCAGUUUGUCCAGUCAGAUGGCGAGACUCAGUACAAGUGAAUCAGACGACACAUUAUCGCCCAAAACUAAUGUUGCAACUCAGCAAAGACCAAGCGAGCGGAGCGACGCGGCGGACGGCCUGGCUCAGGCGCAGGACAGCAGACUACACAGCGCUGGAACGGACGACAGCCCGGCCUCCACCCGCAGCUCCUCGCCAAAGUUAGAUUGGAUGAUUAAAAGGGGAAUGAUUCCCAUCAACCAGUCGACUGUGAUGGAUGAUAUUGAGAAAUGGCUGGAGCUGGAUGACGAGUACGAUGACUUUGAGGACUCAGAUGGUGUGACCAGUGAAGAGUUUGACCGGUUUCUGGCAGAAAGAGCAAAAGCAGCCGAGCGUCUGCCGUCGUUGAGAGCUUCCUCGCAGGACACCAACCACUCCGAGUCUUAAGCUUCACCUGAAACCUGCCAAACUAACACGAAGCUCCUGCGCCGCCGGCGGAGGAAUUUCUUUUAGCCGAAUGGUUGAAUGGCACAUUUGACACGGGACCUAAAACCCGUGUCUGAGGAAGGACGUCCUAGCUGUGUUUCCCGCUCUUAAACUGGGGAGCAAAUGUGUUUUUUUAACUGAUAAAAAUAAUGUUAUUAUAUAUAUGAAGGGCAGACGUUUUUACUUGACGCUUUGUGGAGGGGGGUUCGUCCGUGUGUGGGAUGCAAACAUUUGCACAUUUUCUAUGGUUACAUUCCUGCUGAUGAGAGAAAAAAGAGAGGAUGCUGUUACAGACAUAGAUUGUGUAUUAUAUUGCUGUGAUGUAUGUGUUGUCGAAAACAUGAUGAAGGGUUACAGACAGAAAACGCCCCCCGUCGAGGUAGCAAACACUAAGAGAAGCUCAGCUGUUUCUGAUAGUUUGAUGCUUCACAUCGUUUAUUGAUGUAGGAUGUCAGAAAAACCGUGUGAUGUUUUUUACAUCCAGCAUUCCCCUGUGAAGAUGUUUUACUUGAAGUUUAACAGGAAGUCGUGACAGACUGCUGUCAUAUAUUAAAACUAUUAACUGGAA